UGUUCUUCAAAUCUUUAUUCAAGUCCUUCAUAUUAUUAUUAUUCUAUUGCUUCUGUGCCACCAUUGCCUAGAUUGCCUAUUAGGUACACUUUCUAACAACUUCCUUGCUAUGAGCUUUUGGUAGAAAUAUAACACUGCAUUUUGGUUACGGCUGAACCAAUACUGAUAAUCGUCAUUGUUCUUAAUGAACAACAUAAGUUCUAUUUCAGUUGAUUGAAAGAAGCAAUUACGUUCUCCCACCGUAUCAUCAAACCAUGAAAACCCACCUCUUCGAAUUCUUGGAUGAAUUUUCUCCAGCUCUAUUUUCAUUUUUCUUUUGUCUGCACGUUUCUCUUACUUUUUUUCCGGGUUUUGUUCUUGUUGUCAUAGCAAACAAAAGUAUUAUUAUUUAUACUCCUGAAACCAGUUAAACAACAUAUUCAUGGCUCUUUGCCAGGAGUAACCUUUAUUAAGCCUGGCACAGAGCAGUAUUCUCACACUGAAGAGGGGGCGUAGGAGCCAAAGAAGCACAUGAGUAAAGGUUUUAAAUGAGGCUUUGGAGAAUGGCAAAUCUUGUGUGUCCUGUAUUUGCCUUGGUCAUGAUAAGUACGAUUACUGCUCAGAAUUCAGGACCCCUCUACCCAAUUAAUGGAUCUAGAAGCGGUAACUCAGAUGAUGGAAGUUCUCCUAAAAUUCCCCUGCAACGACCUUUUCUGUAUUUUGGACAAUCAUAUGAUCAGAUUUAUGUAAACCAUAAUGGACAUCUGACCUUCGACACGGCUUGGAGUAGUUUCACACCUCAAAGAUUUCCACUGUAUGGAUCCAGGGACAUCAUUGCUCCAUUCUGGACUGAUUUGGACAACAGAUUGAGUGGUCAGGUCUACUACAACCAAUACACCAAUGGCAGCAUCCUCCAACAAGCCACGCAAGACAUUAAUCAUUACUUCCCAGCAUUGAGCUUCAGUGCUGAAUGGGUGUUUGUUGCAACAUGGAACGAGGUGGCCUACUAUCCCAACUCUGGAACCCAAACAACAGUUCAAGCAGUCUUGAUCUCUGGCGGCCUGUACUCAUUUGUGCUGAUGAAUUAUGGGAUAAUAGCCCCAACAUUAAGAGAUAUACAGGCUGGCUAUGACACAGUCAACUCCACUCACCAUUUCACCAUCCCUGGAUCCUUUUCUACCGCGGCAUCAGGCAAUAACUCAAAUUUCCACCUGAGCAGCAAUGUCAAUGUACCCGGUCGUUGGGCUUUCCGGACCGAUUAUGGAUCAAGGGGCUGUAAUUACAGUGGUGAAAUACUCCAACUGGGUGACUCAUUCUGGAAUGAACGUACAUGUGCACAGAAGUGCACCUGCACCUCAGCAGGCCUGCAGUGUCACAGCGAAAGCUGCUCCUUUUCCCAAAUCUGUCAACCCGCUGCCUUUAAAUUCUCCUGCCAGACCGUGCAGAGAGGCUCCUGCAGCAUAAGUGGUGAUCCACAUUACUAUACAUUUGAUCACAAGGCCUACGACUUCCAGGGAACCUGCCGCUAUGUGUUGGCGACUCUCUGCAAUGACACUGAUGGGCUUCACCAAUUUUCUGUGGAAGCUAAGAAUGAGCCAGUCACCGGCUGGCCAGUGUCAGUAACAGCAGAAGUUUUUGUUAAUGUGGCAGGCUAUCGUGUGCAUAUGUCGAGGAAGAGUCAUGGUGUGGUACAGGUGAACGGAGUAACUAAAAACUUACCUAUCCUACUGAAUGGAAGUCUUUCUAUUCACGCUAGUGGAUUUCACACAUACGUCAGUGCUGAUUUUGGCCUGAGUGUCGAGUACGAUGGAUGGUAUACAGUGUCAGUUUCUGUACCUCCAAUAUACAGAGGAGAAACAUGUGGACUUUGUGGUAACUUCAAUGGAAAUCCCAAUGAUGACUUCCAAACCCAAUCUGGAAUGAUGGUUACUACUCCAGAGGAGUUUGGGACAGCCUGGAAAGUGGCAGGCAACUACACCUGCAGCGAUGGGUGUGGCUCCUCUUGUCCACAAUGCACCAACGAGCUACCUGCCAGAGCCCGAUGUGACGUUAUUCAAGCAUCUGAUGGACCCUUAAGCUUCUGUCAUGAGCUGGUGAACCCAGCGCCAUAUUUCAGUGACUGUGUAUUUGAUGUUUGUGUGUCGGGAAGUGAAGAUCUUCUGUGCAGAGCCAUUCAGUCAUACGUCAGUGCCUGUCAGUCCGCCAAUGUUCAAAUCAACCCUUGGAGACAGAACACCACCUGCAGACUUGACUGUCCCGCAAACAGCCAUUACGAGCUGUGUGGCACUGAAUGUGGCCAAAUCUGUGCCAGCAGCGUCGAUGCCACCUGUGAGCAGGUUUGCUCUGAGGGAUGUUUCUGUAAUGAAGGCUUUCUCCGGAGUGGGACAAGAUGUGUCCCAGUGGAAAGCUGUGGCUGUCAAUACGACGGGUUCUAUUAUAAUGCUGGUGAGUCCUUCUGGACAGAGCGUUGCUCCCAGCGAUGUGAAUGCCAUGCUCCCAAUGACCUUCGCUGUUCUGCGGAAUCUUGCAGUCAUGCACAAGAGUGCACCAUCAGAAAUGGCCAGCUGGGAUGUUUUGACGAUAUGUCUACGUGCACUGUGUUGGGCGACCCACACUACAUCACCUUUGAUGGGGUCCUGGCCCAUUUCCAGGGCACGUGCUCGUACAUCAUAACUGAGAGCGUGAACCAUGGCAUCAAUGAAACACAGUUCCAGGUAGUAGCCACCAACAAUCAUCGUGGCAGCAAACGUGUAUCGUUUGUGUCAGAAGUGGAUGUUUACCUAUCACAUCAAUCAGAGGAUGUGCAUGUAUGGAUUGGACCCAAUAAAAGAGUAAAGGUAAAUGGAGGUGAGGUGUCUCUUCCUACCACUGUUGGAACUUCAGCUCAGCUAGUAAGACAAGGAAGUUACAUCGUGCUUGAGGUUAUGGACUUGAGAGUUCACUUUGAUGGCCAAAGCACCUUACUGGUCCGAGUGGGCCAGUACCGUCAAAAUCGAGUCAGAGGCAUGUGUGGAAACUUCAACAGCGAUCCUUCCGAUGACAAAGUUUUGUCCAAUGGCACAUUGGCACGGAAUGACAAUCAGUUUGGACACAGCUGGAUGUCAUCCACAAGCCAACCAGGAUGCGGAUCCACUUAUGAAGACAGUAGCGACGGAUUGAGCAACUGUCUUUUUCUGAGAGAAUACUCAGAGCUCUGUAGUGUCAUCACCAACAGUAGCGGUCCCUUCAGUGCCUGUCACGUACACUCUGAUCCACAGCCAUUUUUCAGUUCCUGCGUCUAUGACCUCUGCCUUUACACUCCCGCCAAUGGCAUGCUAUGUUCUGCAGUUUCCGCCUACGAGAGCACCUGCUCUGUUUUGGGGUUAAGUGUCCCUGAAUGGCGCUCUGCUUUGCAGUGUGCUGAGUCAGACCCCUGUGAGCAGCUUGACUGCACAGAGUACGAGUGGUGCGGUGAGAAGGACGGUGUGUACGGCUGCUUUUGUGAUGAGCGCCACCAUCGUUCCAACAACGAGAGCUACGACUCGUCCAUCACUUGUGACAGUAGUUCGGGCACCAUGUCUGUGUCACGCUGCCAACUGUUUGAAGACGGAUUCCCCUCCAGUUCCCUCCACCUCCGAGAUGCCUCGUGCAACGGGACUCUCCAGGGCGGACGACUGGUGUUCCAAUUCGACAAUGAGGACAAGCAUUGUGGGACAUCUCUCAGGAGCAACGGAACCCAUUUCUUCUAUGAGAACACCAUCCAGGGUGCUGUAGACCCUCAUAAAGGUCUAAUCAGCCGCCAAAGGACCAUUCAGUUGGGUUUCUGCUGUGCAUACCCUCUAACCCACUCCGUGUCCAUGGACGUGGCCAUCAACCCUGUAGAGAGCAUUGUUAGAAAGAAGCUUCCUAUGGGCCAUGGACAGUAUCACGUGAGAAUGAUCCCUUACCAGGACGCUGGCUUCCUCUUCCCCUUGGCCAGUAACGGGAACAUAGACAUGGAAAUAGACCAAAGGAUGUAUGUGGAGAUCCGGACAGAAGGAGUCGAUGGAAGUCAGAUCACCACCAUUGUGGACUCUUGUUGGGCCACGCCAGUCAAUAACGAGAGCUACCCUGUCCGCUGGGAUCUCAUAAGCGCAGAGUGUCCUUACCCAGCGGAUGGGACGGUAGAGCUGCUUGCUAACGGCAUCUCCAACGCGGCCCGAUUCUCCUUCAGGAUAUUCACCUUCACCAACUUUUCAUCUAUCUACCUCCACUGCCAGGUCCACCUGUGUCUUCUGACAAAUGGCGACUGCACAGCUCACUGCCAGCCUGGAGACCACGGGCGAGUUCGAAGGGAUGUGUCCCAGGAUGCCAUCACGGGCAUCUCGCUCGGCCCCUUCACCAUGGCGCCACACAGGAAAGCCAGAAUGGUUAAUCCGAGCAGCGCCUGAGGCCAGUUGACCACGCUGGUGACCCCGCUCGUCAGUUUGCUGGCAGCCAAAUCUCUGGUGAAGGGUGCUCAAAGAUGAUCCAUAUACUAAAACCAAUCAACAUAGAUUUGCUUUUGCAUUGUAUUUUUAUUUCAGGGGUCUUUUCCUGGUCUCAUACGCUGUCUUUGUGGUCCGGUUGAAAAGUAAUUUAGCUUUGUAACGCUAGAGGACGCCGAUGUGCUACAUUCUGAAGCUGAAGUCCUUUCCUGUUGUUUCUUCCACCAUAUCAGAUGUUCAUCUAGUGUAUCCUUAGUUACUUUAACGUCAUUCUUAUCAUUUAAUUUCUUUCAUAUAAGGAGCAACCAACGAUGUGUAAUGAAGGUUAUACAUAUAAAAGAAUUUUCUGAAUGCACAGAGUAUCGAUGCCAUUUGUUACCAUGGAUUUUUCACACUUUCACACUGAACACAGAGAGUUAGAGCCAACAGAAAAAAUAAAUCUCCGACAGGCAGAGACACAACGCGAGUCGCAUUCUUAAGCACCACGUCUUAACAAGCCCCACGUUUACCUGAACUCUACUAGUUAAGAACAACAAACCGACGUAAAAAAAAGUGAAGACGAAGAAAUCCUUUAAAUUUAUCGGGAAAGACCCGCGAAACUGAUGACUAAGGGAGAGAGAGAGGAGUUCUGUGUAUGAGUGAGCCGAGCGGGACACAGAAACACAAACAUAUGUGUGUAGAGGAGGGGCGCUGUGACUACCAGCCAAUCACAGAACGCAGACACAGACAGCUACCCAAUGAGGACUUUUAUUCAAUCCGAGCACAGAUAUUGACUCGUAUUACUCGUAUAAUACUCGUACCCGGAAAAAGUGCUUUAUCCGUACCGGAGUAUCCGGCUCAACUCUAUUAAUGACCCUUAACUCCAAUUUGCAUUAUAAUGUGGAACGCGGUGUAUAGCAAGUUGUAAAUCGGAUUAUUUGAUGACUUUCUUGUUUCUUGAUCUUCUAAGUUUGUAUCCUUAUGGUUGAAAUGCUCUUAUUGCACGUCGCUUUGGAUUAAAGCUUCAGCUAAAUCACAUGUAAUGUAUUCAGUUGUUUUGAAGAAGCAACUACCGGUAUAUAUUAUAUUCUCAAAAUAUAUAAUUAUUAGAAUAAACAGUAAAAAUACAAAGAAGUUUAUUAAAUAAAAUAACUAAAUAAACAUUUUAGGCAGCGCCUACCUUGCCUACCCUGACUGUACGUCCCUGACUUAGCAUUAAGCAAUCAUAAAAUUUUGGCCCCGAGCCCAGAUUUCCAGUAAGUUACCCACCUACUUCCAUUAUUUCCACAACAACAUUUACCAGCAGGUAACCAUUCAUUUACUGAAACACUUAAUGAAUAGUUAUUGUCUUGUGUUUAUUGAUUUAUGAUGUACAUCACUCCUUCGCUUGCACAUUUCGAAACACUGACGUCAUUUUCAGUGUUCUUUUAUGUACUUCCUCAACAUUUGAUACCUUGUUUCUUAGAAAAGGUUUUGUUUAACAAGUAGUUACACACCUACUGUGUGCAUAUACUGUACACAGAUGGCAUUCUCUGCCCUGACGGAAUGUAAGUGAAUUAACCUGUUCUUGUCACCUUUUGGUUGCACAAUCUCGAGUGAGCCGAUGGCUAAGUGGUUAUCCUUCAGCACUGAAUGCUGUAGGUCUGUUGUUUGAAUCUUGCAGAGGCACAGGUUUUUUUCUUCUCUUUUUAACCACUUGUCCAGCUGAUAAGAAACAAAGUUACUCUUGAGAUACUAAAUAUGCUCCAUUCUUUACUAAACUUGGCUCCCACAAUAAAGUAAAGGCCUAGUCACUUCUUAUGAUUUUAAUGCUUCCACAUUUGAAUUUUGCUUGGUGUUUCCUCUAAUCUGCCCCAGCAGUUGUUGUGAUCAAUUCUUUCCAACGGUGUCAAGUGUGUACCUUGAUUUUUUUUUUGCUCAUUGCAACCCUUCUAUGCAUGGUGCUAUUCAUUAAAGAACUUGUCAUGCCACAUAUGAAAAGGCUCAUGGAGAGCAAUCUUGCCUUGACUGAAUGGAAGCGAUCAAAAUUAUUUUAGUGACGUUUUGAUCAUUGAUUCACAACAAGUCCUGUGUUGUAGAGGUUGGCUUGAUGCAAUAGCCUAGUGUUGGUGGAUUCGGUUCAUGAAACCACAGACUCAGGU